AGAGGCGGGACAAGGAGGUAGGGGCAGGUUAGGUGGGCAGUGAGCGACGAACGACUCGAGAGAGAGGCAGCAACGCGAGUUCCCGCAGCGGAUUCUUAGCGAGCGGGCAAGCCCGAAAAUACAGCGACGGUGCACAUGGACAUCCUGUAGCUCGCACUGAUCUGAGUCUUCCUCCUAAGACAGCGGGAGACACAGGAGCAGCGCUGAGAGCACAGCCAGGCUCACGGAAACCACAGGAGUUCAGAGACGAAGAGUGUGCAGCUUUACCCGGGAGUGAUCAGAAAAGGGGGAGAAAAGGUACGCCCCCCACACUCCCCAAGAGAGGGAUACAUUCCUGUGGAUAAGGAGACAUUCCUGCCUUAACGUAAAGAGACAGAAAACGGAUACGAUUCCGAGAGGGAUAUAACACUUACGCUAUACUCAAGGAUACAAUCCAAAAACACUAUCGAGAGAGUGAGCCAGUCAUUGCUGAGAAAUCCGCUAAUUUCUCGGAGAUCACCUUCUGACUUGUGUUACCUCAGCCUGGAGAAUGGCUAAAUGGGACUCGCUCUGGAAAUAUUACUGGGGAGUUAUAUUCGCGCUGUGCAGGACUGUUCUGCCGUUAGCCAAGAGUUUAGACACUGUCGCUUGGCAUUCCCAAAACACCAAAUUCCAAGCUGGGAAAGGCCUGGUAUUGUACCCAGAGAUCGGCGACAAGCUGGAUAUAAUCUGUCCGAAAAUGAACAAUCAAGACCAGUAUGAAUAUUACAAGCUGUACCUGGUGACUGAGGCCCAAGCAGAGGCGUGCAGCACUGUCAUCAACCCUCACUUGCUUGUUGCAUGUAACAAACCUGAUAAGGAAAUAAAAUUCACAAUCAAAUUCCAGGAGUUUAGCCCCAACUACAUGGGGCUAGAGUUCGCUAGAAACCGAGAUUACUUCAUUAUCUCUACUUCCAAUGGCUCAUUCGAAGGGUUGGAGAACAGAAAUGGUGGAGUAUGCAGAACUCGAUCCAUGAAGAUAAUUAUGAAAGUUGGACAAGAUCCAAACACAAGGCCAACACUGAAAGAAAAGAAUCCUACAAGAGCACCAGGUAAAGGCCAGGAUAACACAGUGAAGAGCGUUAUCUCCCUCUGGAAGGAGCCAUCUUCAGAAGAUAAAACUGGGAACACAGCUACUGACAGUCAGAUUAAAGACAAGCUGAACAAGAAUGAGGGAAUCUUUGGCUCAAAAAUGGCACUCUUUGCUGCAAUUGGAGCAGGCUGCAUCAUCUUUAUCCUCAUCAUCAUCUUCCUUGUGGUCCUCUUGAUAAAGUUCAGAAAGCGACAUAGGAAGAGUCCCCAGCAGAGAUCAGCAGUCCUUUCCCUCAACACACUGGCAAGCCCAAAGUGUAGCGGAAAUAGUGGCUCGGAGCCCAGUGACAUCAUAAUCCCGCUGAGGACUAAUGAUAACAAUUAUUGUCCUCACUAUGAAAAAGUUAGCGGUGACUAUGGCCAUCCAGUGUAUAUUGUUCAGGAGAUGCCUCCACAGAGCCCUGCAAACAUCUACUACAAAGUUUGAUAGCCAGAAAAAUGUGAGAGAAUUCCGAGUGUCAUCUGGCCUUUUUCAUAAUAUCUGAAUCUUCUCCUGACAUGUACAGACUCCCUAUAUACAAAGUGUCUUUGGGAGAGUAUGGAUAAAACUGUGACUGUGGCCAGCAAGAAAGAUUUCAGUAUUAAGUUCAGCAAGCUAAUGUUUUAAGAGAAAAAAAGAGAAAAAAAGAAAAAAAAGAAAAUUGGAAGAUGACUUUUUCUUUGCAACCAAGGAGGCUGAAGAAUUCUUGUUUGUGAUAGGCUCAGAUCUGUUCACAGCCUUUUCUUUCUUUUCCGCAAAGCCAUUCCCUCAGUAAAAGGCUUGAAAGAGGGAGGAGCUCAAACAAACUCCACCCUCUUCUAUCUUCCAUUUUCCAAAUGCAAGAAAGAUUUGAAAAGUAAUGAGAAGAUGAAAGCCUCUAACAUUUAAGUUGUGAGGAGAAGCCACAGUUGAAUUGCAAAACUAGGGACGUCUCCAAACAGACAAUUAAAAAGACUGAGGAUCAUGAAGCAGUUGGCUCUCUGUAGCACAGAGAUCUUGAAGCUGCUUCAAAACUUUAUGAACUCCAACUGCUCAGGGGAUGAGACUUACAACGCAAAAACUCAGAUUGGGUUGGGUCAGGGGGAAGGACAUUUCACAUUUACUUUUCUUGCUCAUUUCAACUACGCUCCCUCUUACUCAUUUCCCAAUCCUUGAUUGAAAGAUAAUUUUUGUUGUAAUGUGAUCUAUGUAAAUUAUAAACAUACUCAACAAUCUAUCCUUAGUUUAUGUACAAAUCCAGCCUCCACCUCACCCCCAGCUCCUUUUGAAAAUAUUUUGACAAGAAUUAUAACCGAGGUUAGUGAAAUAAUGCUCAGAUGGUCUGUGGUAAUCAGGGUGCAAUUGAUUACUAGUUGGUCUUUUUAAGGUUAGUCUAGUUAAUGUGCAGCCUUUGAUUUAUACCUUAUUGGGGAUUAUAUUGAUUGGUCUGGGCUUGCCUGGUGAGGUAUGCAAGAAAUGAUUGUCUUAUGGCAGUGCAGUAAAUGUUAAUAAUGGCCAGCUAGCCCAGCUUGGUCUUUCAGUCCAAGAUAAUACAAAAGAAAAGCAAAUAUAAGAUUUGGCUUCCUGUUUCAAAUAGUCUAAAUCAGAGAAAUGGGGGCAAAUUUGAGGGGGAAGAAAGUUUUUCAUUUCUCCCAAUGUAGUAGCAGGGCCAUAAGGCUAUACAUGGGGAUGAGAUCCAGAUAUGCUUACAGACUAUCCUGAAAGGAGUGAAGUUCUGAUCCUAAAACUGCUGACAGAGGUUAUAAUGGGCAGGCAUUGACCUUACAGACUAGUUUGAACAUGUGUUCUUCAUUGCCUUCAGAGCUUGUAGAUAGAUGGGGGUUUAAAAUAUUUAAAACAAUAUAAAAUGCCUUCAACUCAUGGGGUGGGGGAAAUGUUAUCAGUCCUGGUUUUAUGCAAGAUUCAUCCUGAAUGGGAGUUCUUUCCUUAGUUUUAGUCAAAUAGAUUUGAGUUUUGAUGGUGUACACCUACCAGCAAGGCCUUGAUCAGCUCUGGUGAUUUCCUGCAACACCAGUGAAGGUUGCUAAUAAUUCUCAGCUUAUUCACUGAACCUUUUGGUGCACCACUGUUGAAUAACUCAAUGGGCUGUUCGAUUUCACACUUUGAAAUUGAUUUAUUCUUCUUUCUAAUCCCCCAUCAAUUGAGGGAGCUUAAUGUCAUACAGCAAAAAAAAAUAAAAUAUCAACUUGUCCAUCAAACACUCUCUCUGUUGCAACCGUUGUGGUCUCUCUCUCUCUCUCUCUCUUGGUUUAGCAAUAUUAUAUCUUCUAUAUGUUUUUCUUUCAUUCCUGCUAAGUUUCAAAUGUCCCUUCUCCAUGCACUUGCUGCUCCCUGCAUCUAACUCUGAUAGAUUCAAGACCCAUUUUGCAACAUUUUAUAUUUCCAUUAAUUGUUUGGAAACUAAGUAGUAGAACCUACUUCCUAUCUGUUUACCCUUACUUUUAAAAUUGACAUAUUCUUUUAAAAAUGUAACUUGGUGUUAACCUAAAUACUACUCCUUUUAUUUAUCACAGCACUGUUCUCAUUCUUUUCAAUCAGGGCCCUUAUACCUAAGUUUCACAGUAAUAAAAGAACAUUGUAUCCAGAAGACUUUUCAAUGCAUUGAUGAAAACACAAGUCCUUUCCUGUGUAGUGAUUUCAGGUUAAUUGAUUCCCUCCAGCUCUCGGUCUUUUAGUCUGCUUUUCACAGUACCUAUUGCAGGAACGUGGAGCUGAGAUACAUGUUGCUGGUGAGGUUGAGUUGAUUGCACCUAUAUUGAUGGUUUGAAUUCAUGCUGACCUCCUAGUUGCAUGUCUCCUGUAUUCUAUCCAGUGAUGCUCUCACCUCAAUCCAUUACUAGCAAAUGUCUAGUGUGGCAUAUAUAAUCAGGGAGAAUGUUGACCAAUAUCACCCAUCUAAAACAUCCCAUUUUAUCCCUUUCAGAUGCUGACAUUACCAGUAUUGAAUUUUUAACAUUUGCUCCUUUCAUUUCAAUCUCUAGAAUGUGCAGUUUUAAUCUUUUAACAUGCUUAUUUGUUUGAGAAAUUUGGCAGUAUCCAACAGCACGAACAUAUAAUAACAAAAUAAUAUUCAAGCAUUAGGAAAAUUGAACAAACAGAAUCAAUGAAAUGGACAAAAUUGUCAGUACAACAGUAAUAGGACUUCCAGUCAAGAUAUUAAAAUCUGAAAGGCAUUAAACAUGACGAGAGUGGAAGAAAGAACUUUAUGGAUUCCAAAGCAUCAACCAAAGGCCAAAAGUCCUCCUUUGCCAUCCUUCCCUUUUCCUGGAGAUACAUAGCAUGUUAACACAUGCUGUGAAUGAGACUGAAGAAAAUGGCCACAGAAUUUAUCUCAAUAUAGUGAAGAUAUCAACGAGCAUUGCUGACUGGAAGACCAUUUCAGUUAGUAUACUUGAUAAAGCAUUCCAAAUAAAUAUCUCCUCUAAAAAAAAUCGCACUGAAGUGACAAAUUCAACACUUUUUGUGUAAUAUAACGGAAAAUGAUAAAAAUACUCAGCAGGUCUGGCAGCAUUGGUUGAGACAGAAAUGGCGUUGGACUUGUGAUCUUUCAUGGCAACUGGUGAAAGGAUAUCAGUCAGAAAGGUCACGUCUGCUUCUCUUCAUGGAUGCUUCCUAACCUGUUGUGUACUUUCAGCAUUUUCUAUUUUUGUUUCAACUUUCCAACAUUGACAGUAUGUUGCUUUUGUUAUCUCCAUUAUUGUAGUGGGCUAAAAUUAGUCUGCGAAUCUCUCAGCUGUGGAAGCCUGAGAAAAAUGAAUCAUUUUCAAAAGUCUUUAGAAUGUGCAAGAAAAAUAAGAAUUAUUCCUAAAAACAGUUAUAUGCACACUUCAGUCAUAUUUAAUUUAUGGAGCUAAUGUCUGAGUUGGGUUUUGAAAUGUAGCCAGAAUGCAGGCUCUGGAAUGGAUAAUAUCUGUUCUCUGAAUCAAUUUCAGAUAAAAGCGUAUUUUGAAAUCUUGAUUACUAACAGGUUUGAAACAAUUUCCACAUUGCUCUGCUUCCCGUUCUGCUGCGAUUAUAUGCUGAUAGGUUCAUUUGUUUCAAGACUGGUGAUGUGUUUGAUUGGCUGGGUGACAAAAUUUUAGUGGAUCAUUAAAAAAGUAAUGAAACAUGCCUUCCUUGCAAACAGAGCCAGUGUAUCAUAGUACAUAUGAAGGGCCUGCUGCAUGCAUAUAAAUAUACAAAUGACAUGGCCAUAAACAACCAGACAAAGAUACUAGCUAAAGAAAUGUGUAUCUGGGUGCGCACAGAUAUGACCUGCAUAAGUACGUGCAGAUGUACACUGUAGAUGCACAAAAAAGUAUGUGCCAUAGAUAAAUAUGCAGUUACACAUUAUGACAUGCAAAUAGAUAAAAGUAACAAGUUAUGAAGAGGAAGUAAGGAGGCUAUGGAGGGAUAUAGAUUAAUUUAGUCGAAAAAGAUCUAGUAAGUGAAAUAUAGUGUAGGAAAAUGUGAAAUUGUCCAUUUUGAUUGGAAGAAUAAAAAAAGUAUAUAACAUAAAUGGUGAGUCUGCAGAGGUCUGAGAUGCAGAGGAAUUUUCAAAAGGUUUAUUUGCAAGCUCAACAAAUAAUGAGGAGAGUUAACAGAAUGUUAUUGUUUAAUGUGAGGGAAAUUGGAUACAAAAAAAAAUUAUACUUCAGUCAUACAGGGCAUUUGUGAGACCACAUCAGGAAU